CGCUCUGGGAGUGUUUCCCAUUUAAACAAACACGGUCUGACCGAAGAUGGCGGAGAGUUUGAGCUCUAAAACAAACUGCUGUAGUCAGUGAAAGCGUCGACGCCGGAGAUGUUGAGGCACUGAGACGUGGCUGAGGCCCUGGAUGGAGUUUAAGUGGAGAAGUGCUGGUGCUGAUAUGUGCUGAAGAUGAGCGGCGUAGGAGACAACUCGCUAGAGCUGCUGAGCUCCGAUCGCAAGCGUAAACUGUCCACCUGUGACACACCGGGACUGGGCAGGUGUGACAAACGUCGGAGGGAGCAAGAGAGCAAGUAUAUCGAAGAGCUGGCUGAACUCAUCUCCGCCAACCUUUCCAACAUCGACAGCUUCAACGUCAAACCUGACAAAUGCGCUAUUCUCAAAGAGACCGUGAGGCAGAUCCGACAGAUCAAAGAGCAAGGAAAGAACUCUUGCUAUGACAAUGAUGUCCAAAAUGCUGACGUGUCCUCCACUGGUCAGGUGGUCAUUGACAAGGACCAUCUGGGCCCGCUGCUCCUACAGGCGCUGGAUGGCUUCCUGUUUGUGGUAAACCGUGAGGGCAGCAUCGAGUUUGUGUCUGAUAAUGUGACACAGUACCUGCAGUACAAGCAGGAGGAGCUGUUCAACACCAGCGUGUACAACAUCAUCCAUGAGGACGACAGAGAGGAGUUUCACAUGAACCUGUCCAAGUCUAGUGCACCAAACGGGGCACCAUGGGGUGGAGACGUGCCUCGACAGAAGAGCCACACCUUCAGCUGUCGGAUGCUGGUGAACCUUGGUCAUGGUCAGAGUCACGGGUUGCCAGAAGAAAGAGUGGGGGGUCAGCGCUAUGAGACCAUGCAGUGUUUUGCUGUCACUCAGCCCCGGGCCAUGAUGGAGGAGGGAGAUGAUCUACAGUCGUGUAUGAUCUGUGUGGCGCGGCGCAUCACGGCCGUAGAGCGGACGGAGCGGUUCAGUCGCCAUGACCUGACCUCGUUCCAUACUGGGCAUGCAGAGACGCCGCUCUACCGCUUCUCUCUCUCUGACGGCCCCCCAGCCACCGCUCCAGCGAGGACCGACCACUGCAGGAACCAGAACACCAACGAGACACACCCCUUCUUGUCCCCACACUUUCUGCAAAGUGAGCACAGUGGUUACCGUGGAAACCAGGGGGGCCCAAUGAGGCCCCAAAACAUGGUUGUGAACAACUCCAACCAGCAGAUGAGCAUGGGCAUGAACAAGGGCUACGGCCUGGCUGAGCAGGGCAGCAUGCUGCAGAGGGGAGUGCCUCCGUACUCCGCCAGCGGACGCAUGAAUCCCAUCAGCCACGUCACUUCUAUGCAUCAGAUGAACAACAUGGGUCAGGUGAACCCAAAGAACCCCAUGCAUCAAAUGAACUCUAUGAACCAGGUGGGCUCAGUCAGCCAGAUGGGUCAUCAGGCCAUGCAGCAUCAGCAGAUGGGCCAGUUCCAUGGAGGGGGAGCGUAUGGGAUGGGAAUACCCAGCCCAUCUCAAGCCGGUCCAGGAAUGAAUGGUCCUCCUCACAAUGUCCUGGGAUCACCCAGAGUUCGAGGAAGCCCCAAGACAGGAGCCAGUCCCUUCUCUCCAGGAGCUUCCCUGAGCUCCACUCAGACUGGGAACUCUGGAGUUGGAGCAACCAGUUUCUCCAGCAGCUCGUUGAACGCACUCCAAGCCAUCAGUGAAGGGGUUGGUAAUCCGAUGCCUGCUCCACUCACAUCCCCCCCCAAUCACAAGCCUGACAGCUCCCCAAACAUCCACUCCACCAACCAGCCAUCAGGAGGACCCUGCAAAGCAGGUCUCCCACCUUACUCUGAAUCCAAGAGUCCAGGCAGCUUGCUAAGGACUGUCGGGGACCAGCAGCACCCUCGCACCCCCACCAACGAGGCCCCCCCUGACAAACCAGACAGCCAGGUCAACCUUGGCGGCGGAGAGUCUAACCGGCGGCUCUCUGACAAGUACAGCAACAACAGGAAGCUCCUGCAGCUCCUCACAUCUCCUACAGAUGAGAUUUUACCUCCUAACCAAACAUUAAGCUCAACAACAACCUCCACUAACGCUAAAGAUGGAGCUCCUGGUGUCACCAGCCCGUCCUCCACCACCGUGUCCUCCUCCACAGGUGGGAGUCACAGCGCUGCGUCAAACCAGUCCGUUCAGAAGCACAAGAUCCUCCACAGACUGCUACAGAACGAGAACACUCCAGAUGAAGUGGCUCGGAUCACAGCUGAGGCCACCGGGAAAAGCAGUCUGGAACCAGGACCUCUAGAGCCCGCAGCCUCCGGGGGGGGCAGAGGGUCGGAGUCUAAGAAGGAGCAGCACAGCCCCAAGAAGGAGAAGCCCCAUGCCCUCCUUCAUUAUCUCCUCAAUAAAGAUGACUCUAAAGACAGCGGUGAAAUGAAGACGAAGCAGGAGGAUCUGAGUGCCGGAGGGGCCCAGGGGCCAGGGGUCACCAUCUCUGACCCCCGCUGCAUGGAUGGCAAGACAGAGACACUGGAGACCAUUUUGGGUGUCCCAGCGAGCAGCUCUGGUUUCUGCCCUGAUCCAGACCUCAGGGCCGGAAAGGAAGUGGGAACCAAACUGGGGAGUUUUCCUGACAGGUCACACGACGGGGAGAAAAGCCCGAUGCUGCUGGCUCAACGGGCAUCCUAUCAGAGAGCCCUGUCCGUGGACGCCAAGCCUCUGGGUGGAGACGUGGUUGCGGACGGCUCACUGGCAGCCAGGAGAAGCCUUCCCUGUCCCUCCCUGAUCGAGCAGGAGAGCAUGGACGCUGCCAUCAGAUCUGGACCGGUGCCCGGUGGCUUCCCGGGAGGCGUGGGAGCUGCAGGCAGAGGUGUUCACCAGCGCCUCCCCAUGGCAGGCCCAGGCGACUGGGGCAUGCUGAGACCUAGCAGCAACCCUGUUCCCAGACCGGGACUUCCAGGUAUGGGCCGUUCUGCACAGGUGGGAACGCCCAUGAUCAGCCGCUCCAACAGUGCACCUGGAAACGGCAGACCUAUGCUGCAGCAGCAACAGGACAUGGGUGUUUCCACCUCAUCGCUGCUCUGCACAGGUCCUAAUGAAGCCAUGGGUAUGAAGAUGUUCAGCGGACACAGACCCCUGCCUCAGUCCCCCCCCUGGCCCGGCUCUCAGACUCACGCUAGCAGGGACCAGUUUGUGCAUCCUCUGGAGGAGCUGCUGGGGCCUCUGACCAGUACUGACAGUCCUAGUGACGAGCGGGCCCUUCUGGACCAGCUGGACUCGCUGCUCAACACCACUGAUGGCUUCGCUCUUCAGGAGAUAGACAGAGCCCUGGGAAUCCCUGAAAUAGUAGGACAGACCCAGGGCCCUGAAGGCCCCCAGCAGGUCCAGGAACAAGGCCCGUCUCUGUGCCCUCCAUCGGAACCCUUCCCAGGUCUCGACUCUUUGCGCAUUGACCAGAAACCCGUGUACAGCCACGGCUACCCAGGGCCCCAGGGGCCUCCCUCCAUGGGAAUGCAGCCCGGUUAUGCUGGGAACACAAUUCAGGGCCAGUCUCCUGGAGGCUUCGGUCCCAUGGUGAAUCAGAUGGGUCAGACCGGGGCCUUCCCUGGAGGCAUGGGCAACCCUCGUGCAAACGUGCCGAGACUUCGAAUGAUGAGUGCCACUAAGCAGCUCCGUAUGCAGCUGCAGCAGAGACUACAAGGACAGCAGCUUCUAAAUCAGACACGACAAGGCAUAAAGAUGGAAAAUGCCCCCAGAGCAAACCCCGCCAUGCGUCCAGGCAUGCAGCCCGGAGCCAUGAGCGGUCAGCCUGAUUUUGUGACAGCCCAGAGGAUGACUCAGCACACCAUGCAGAUGCAGAUACGGAAGCAGAGGAUGAUGAUGCUGAUGCAGCAGCAGGCAGCAGCUGGAGGUUUCAGCCCUCCCCCUAAUGUCACAGCACCAGAAGGCAUCGGCAGCCCCUUGGGAGCACCCCCCAUGAAUCAGCCUGGGCAGCAGGCUUUCAACUAUGGAGGUAACUAUGGAAUGAACCAGCAGGGGGACCCGUCAUACAUGGCUCCUGUCAGCAGUCCACCAGGAAAUAUGAUGCAAGGACGGAUGUCCGGUCCUCCACAAAGCGCCAUGAUGCCAGGGAUGCAGGCGAACCCCCAGGGAGGACACAUGUAUCCCUCAGGAGACAUGAAGGGCUGGCAGCAGGGGGUCAUGGCUCGGAACAGCCCCUAUCCUCAGCAGCAGUUCCCCCAGCAGAGCAGCCAGGGCCAGUUUGGACCCAUGAUGAUGAAUAACACCAUGAGUGGAUCUGGACCGGUCGGGGGUUCUGGUGUAGGGCCGAUGGCGCAGAUGCAGGGACAGAUGGGCAUGAACCCCGUGGGAAUGGGCAGAAUGUCGAUGGGGCCUGACCAGAAGUAUUGCUGAGGAUCCGUGGCUGGAGUGGACUGGACCAGAGUUAAAGCCACACACACGCACGCACACACACACACACAGUAGGAGUCCCCCUGCAAAGACUGUGACAUGGAAGACCCAGCAGCAAUGACAGACCAGUUGGUGCUGGUUUUCAGCGCAGGUUCUAGCCUUGGAAGCACAAACACAAAGUGUGUGUGUGUGUGUGUGUGUAAAGCCUGAGUCAUGCUUCUGCGUCAGUGCGGAGACACGCAACGCCAUUAUCCGUCCUUGCGUAGGGCCCCGGCAGGCACGCAAGGACGUACGGAGUCGAGCCCACUUUUUUAAACAUCCGUCCGUCGAGACGGACAACGCAAGCUUGUGAUUGGUCAGGGCACUGCUGUUGUCUGCACCGCCGCCAUCGCGGCCUCAAAAACAUAAAGAGAGCCGAGGAUAACUAGCGGCAGACACAGAGAAGCUUGAAGAAUACCUCGCGAAAAAAACUCUAAAAUAUGAACGUUUAAUUCCCCGUGACUGGAGGAGUGAAAAGAUGCGCAGCAAGCAUUUUAUUUGUGGACGGAAAUGACAGGAAACGUGGGUUUAGAGGUGGCGAGCGCAUGAAGAGGUGGAGGAGAAUGAGAGACAAAUUUGUACAUGUUAAAAGUCUCUUCUAUACAAAAAACACAAUAUAAACACACUAUCUUGGACCGGAUGCAUGACAGGAUACCAGAGAACAGCACUAUGCCCUCUGCUGUCCUGCCGGGGAAUUGCUUUGCAACACUCCCCAGGAGACGGAGAAGUAUGAGAGCAAAACGCUUCCAUCAAUCCGUGCGUGUCUGUCCCUUGCGGAGCUGACGAGGGAUGGGUACCGAAUUCGGUACUUUUUAAGGUACCGACUGAAUUCCAUAGUACCGACCGAGCAGCGAUUCACGUCAUUUCAAACGGUGCCUCGUUUCGGUACCCGUCCUUCAUAACAAGAACUUGCCAAGACAGCUGCGCAUGCACAAGAGCGUUAUGUCGUCGGUCGCUGCGAGCGAGUUGUAAACAGAGCAACAUGGUAGAAAGAACGAACGCUAAAGCUUGGGUCCACUUCACUAAAUGUGAUGGGUAACUGGGUGAUGAUGAAACCAGCGACAGACAACGAUCUAAGUGAGACAUCCUCAUCUUAAUCUGCUCCGGUAGGUAAAUAAAAUGUUUAAGAUAACGUUAGCUUGAUAUGUUAGCUUCCAUUGCUACCAUUGUUAUCAGCUAAUGGUGCGUUCGCUUUCUCCUCGGAAAUUCUAACUUCCCGGUAGGAAAAAUCAAAUGAAAAAGGACGGCAAAAGGAAUGAAGAUUCACGGUAAAUUUAGUUCACAGUAAAGAUGUUUGCUUCAGUUUAAUUAUCAGCUUAUAAAACUACAAGGACGAUGUUAAAAUACAAACAGUUGUAUGUUAUUUAUUGUGAUAUUAACAAAUAUUGUUAUGUAUUGAGAAAAAUAUAUAUUUAAUUAUAAAAGUGAAUUAAAAUAUUAAACAUUCAAAAGUAUCAAAAAUUGGUACCGUUAAGUACCGGUAUCGAUUCAAAUGUCAAAGGUACCCAUCCCUAGAGCUGACGGAGAAGCAUGAAUCAGGAUUAAGUGUGUGUGUGUGUGUGUGUGUGUGUGUGUGUGUGUGUGUGUGUGUGUGUGUGUGUGUGUGUGUGUGUGUGUGUGUGUGUGUGUGUCUCCAACUGGGAGCUGCCGGGCUGCAUUCAGCACCCCCGGCUAGCUAACCGGACUGCGGUACGACUGACGACUGCACUUUACCAGGAAGCUUUUUGUGUUUUGGGGAGAAUAAAAGUGGUGCGACAUGUUUUCAUCAUCACAGCCUUUCUGCAGAUUGGACACCUUUACGUUGAUCUGGUUUGGUUUGCUUUUGAAUGCGCCUCGUGUUAAAGUCGUUUAAAGCUACACACACAGUUUACUGGUCAUGUUUCUCAGAUCAGAGCAAUAACUCUUGUCUCUUUGCUUUAGAGCACCUUCAUUUGUAUUAAAACAGAGCAAUGGUACUGCAGUAUUAGACAUCUCAGUGUCUUCUGUCAUCAACUGUAAAUAUUCACCAAAGCCAGCCUUUAGAAGGUCCACACCUGGGCCGUGGGUGAGUUUCUGCGUGUCGUAGGUCAGCGCUGUCAGAACAUUUGAGCUUUUCUGUUUUUGUUUCCUAAACUCUGUUUCAUGUUCUAACCGAGGCACUUUUAAAUGGACCCAGUUUCCGAAGAGGUUCUGUAGAGAGGAGCUGUGAAGUCGGUCUGCAGCGGUGUGAUGAGAAUGCUGAUCCUGUAGACGGCCUUUACUUUGACUGUUAGCUCAAUCUACCUUUCAAACAUGCACAAUCCAAAGAUGUUUUCACUUCUGUGUACAGUUAGAGGUUUCUGGUGUAUAUUAUUACAGGAUGUGUGUUUAUUCAAACAGUAAUGGGUACAUAUCAUGGGUCUGUACAAAGUCUAGGAUGGUUCUGGAUGCUGGGAGGAGGACCAGAACCUCAGCAGCAGGUUUUACUCUAAGGUAAAACCUGUGGAACGAAGCAUAUCAAUCUUUCAUCUAUUUUUUAGAAGGUGACAUGAUUUUAUGUCCAGAAUUUGUUACUUUGAGGAAAAUGAACUUUGUAGAGCUACAGGAGAUGUUUGGUUUUAGCUCGUCUGAAGCUGAGAUGAGCGGAUGUUUUACAGGAUGUAUAUUACAGAAUUGUUCUGUUGAUGUUGAUAUUCAUGUAAAUACAAAUUUAUAUUUAAACA